AUGGCGGCCCCCGCAACGAAUGCGGCUGCGCCGUUUGAUGAGAAGUAUGACCUUCCUCACAGCCAGACGGACGACCUCAAGACCGAGGAGGACGGCGACGAUGUAGUCCACGACCUCUUCACUCCCUUCCCGCCCCUCAAGGGCCUCCCUCCCGAGGACAACCCAUUGACUGUCCGUGCCGUUAUUGUUGGAAUUAUUCUUGGUUCGUUGGUCAACGCGUCCAACGUCUACCUUGGUCUGAAGACUGGCUUCACUUUUUCCGCCAACAUGUUCGGUGCCAUUUUUGGUUACGCCAUCGUCGUCUUGGUCUCUAAGAUCUCCGUCCCCAUUCUUUCCGGUUUCUUCGGUCCUCAAGAGAACUCCAUUAUCCAGGCCGCUGCCACAGGUGCCGGUGGCAUGGGUGGUGUCUUCGUCGCCGGUUUCCCCGCCAUGUACCAGCUCAACCUUCUCUCUGACGAUCCCAAGAAGGACUUUGGUCGCAUUCUCACCAUUACUAUUGUCUGCGCCCUCUUCGGUCUCUUCGCUGCUGUGCCGCUGCGAAAGUUCUUCAUCAUCAACGUUGCCCGUGACCUCAACCUCGUCUUCCCCAGUCCUACCGCCACUGCCGUGACAAUCCGAUCCAUGCACGCCGUCGGUUCCGGUGCGCAAGACGCCGUCAAGAAGAUCAAGGUCCUCAGUGCCACCUUCGUUGGCGCCGUUGUCCACACCGUCACCUCCCAGUACGCUCUCGGUAUCCUGCGCGAGUGGCACAUCUUCACCUGGUUCUACAUCUGGAGCGACUACACCAACUGGGCACAGAACAUUGACAACUGGGGCUGGUACAUCCUCCUCACUCCUGCUUUCUUCGGCUCCGGAAUGCUCGUCGGCCUGAAUACCGCUUUCUCUUGGUUCGGCGGUACCGUCGUUGCUUGGGGUCUCAUCGGUCCCCUCCUUGUCAAGUACGGAGUGUGUGUCGGUCAGCAGCCCUACGAAGACGAGAAGUGGUCCGUUUGGACGAGUUUCAACUCGAUGACUAAUAUCGGUAAGCCGGGGUGGGUUUCCUCCCCCCGCUACUGGAUGCUCUGGCCCGGUGUCAUGGCCCUCGUGGUCUACAGCAUGGUUGAGUUCCUCAUCCACGGUCGUGUCCUCUAUGACGGCAUCAAGUUUGCUUACCGGGAAGGUUGCCGAUCCUUGAACGACAAGCUCGAGGCCCGCGGCAAGUCCAGCCCCUAUCUUUCCCGCCAGGCCGGCAAACUCACCGAAGGCGACAGCCUCGUUGAGGACUUUGCUCCCCCGAGCCAACAGGUCCCCACUUGGAUCUGGCUGUCUGGUACCAUCGUCAUCGCUUGCGCCGCUUGCGUUAUCGGCCAUUUCCAGUUCCACAUGAACGCCGGCCUUGCCUUCUUCGCUUGCAUUCUCGGUCUUAUCUUCGCCUUCCUCUCCAUCCACGGCGGUGCCGUCACUGAUGUCACUCCUCUGACCGCUUCGGCCAAGGCCUCUCAGCUCGUCUAUGGUGGUAUUACCCAACCCAUCGCUCACCACGACAUCGCCGGCGCCCAAAGGAUCAACCUCAUCGCUGGUAGCAUCGCCUCCGGUACCGCCAACGUCGCGUCCGAUCUGACCUCUGAUUUCCGUACGGGUUUCCUCCUCCGCACUCCUCCGCACUUGCAGUUCUACGCCCAGGCCCUCGGUACCAUCGUCUCCAUCUUCCUUGCCCCCGGCAUCUUCGUCCUCUUCAUGGCUGCCUAUCCUUGCAUCUGGAAGCCGGAGCUGCUCGGCGACCCCAACUGUCCCUUCAAGGCUCCCUCCGUCUUCGCCUGGCGCGCCGUCGCUGAGGCCGUUACCAACCCCAAGAUCCCCAUUCCCCUCUCCAGCGCCAUCUUCUCGGGCGUCAUCGGCGGUGUCACCGUCUUCCAGGCCCUCUUCAAGAACUUCUACCUCGUUGGCCCCCGUGAGAAGUACCGAGCUUGGCUCCCCAACUGGAUGGCCAUCGGUGUCGCCUGGGUCCUCGGUGUCGACAGCGGCUAUGCCAACGCCGUGCUCUUCGGUGCCAUUACCGCUUGGUGGUGGAUUAAGAAGUUCCCUAAGAACUUCGACACAUACGGUUAUGCUGCGGCUGCUGGUCUCAUUGCCGGCGAGGGUUUCGCAGGUGUUAUUAAUGCCGUUAUCGUGUUGAAUGGCAAGGGUGGCGAUGAUGUUGGAUCAUCUAUUGCCAUGCCUGGUGGCGAGUGGUAA